CAUUUCCUCACCUCACCCAGGUGCGGACAAAAAUAUGAAAUGAAGUUGUUGCCCUUCAGGAACUUCAAAUCAAGUCCUUCACCUCUAUCACUUUUGGAGGAGAACAUGACUGGAUCCUGGAGACUAUUCCUGCUCUGUUGUCUCCUGCAAGGUGCUGGGUGCAUUGGAAAAUUUGAGGCCCUAAUGCCAGCAAGUGUGAUGACACUCAGUGGAUCCUGUGUUACCGUUCCUUGUUCCUUCACCGUGGAGGACCAGUAUAAAGUCAAUCUACUUCCUGGAUGUAUACCAAUAUGGAAAAAAAGUGAAACGACUAUCAUAACUACUACAACAUUGAGGGGAAAUCUAACAGCGUACAACUGUACUACAACAUUCAAUGACGUACUUGAAGACAAUGUUCCAUAUCAAUUUAGAAUUGAUUGUGGAAAUCCAUUAAAAUAUAAUUUUAAAGUAAAGCAAGUGACCAUCCAGAUCAAGGUGGACCCUGAUGCACCUCGUUUGACCACCCCCAAGGAGCCGGUGGUGGAGGGGACUCCUGUGGAGCUGGGGUGCUCUGCCCCGUCCUACUGUGACACCCACCCCCCCACUGUGACGUGGACCCCCUCCCUGGGGGUCAGCACCCAGCUCCAGCAGAACGAUACCGUGACCUCCACUCUGACCUUCAACGCCUCCCACUUCCACCAUGGAAACAAUGUCUCCUGCACUGCGGCCUACUACAUACCAUCUGGGAACAAAACUGAGACGUCUACAAGAUACCAACUCAGUAUCUUAUAUGCCCCCAGGAACACCUCUGCUGUCGGUAGCCCGUGUCUUCCAGCCAGAGAGGGAGGCUGCCUGAACCUGACCUGCUCCAGUCAUGCUAACCCUGCUGUCAGCGAGUUCACCUGGUACCGAAUACACGGAGAACACAUCCAUAAGAUCGGGACUGGAUGUUCUCUGUCCAUCCAGCUGUGGAACGCCGAUAACGUUUUCUUCUGUGAGGCCAGGAAUGACAUUGGCACUGAAAUGUCUAAUGUCUUCAAGAUCGACAUUCAAGCUCCUCCCAGGAUCCUGCCCUCUUCAAGCUGCAGCAGAAUUGCAGCCUGGGUGCGAUGUUCCUGCUACAGCGUGGGCAGACCAUCACCGUCUCUGGAGUGGCGGUUGGAUGGGAAACUGGUGUUGGGUUCUGAAGACGUGUCUGUUAGCCAGGUCAACCUGGAGAACGUCACGUUGAGGAGCUCCCUCACAAUGAGGGCCCCUGCUGGUCUGACAGCCUUGACCUGCCACAGCUCCAACGCUGCCGGGAACACCAGCCAGGAGCUUCCUGUCCCCCACCUGGAUACACAGCCAACCCUGACAGACCAACUGCCCUGGAUAGCUGCUAUAGCAGUGCUAGCCGCGGUUCUGCUGUUUGCAACAGCGUGUGCCGUAAGAGCUUGGAAGAUGGCCAACCAAACAAGACUCGGCAAGGAUGCUCUACUCAACAAAUCUCCACCUAACCAAGGGAAGCCCCAGAAAAUUGUGGGACUGGGAGAAGAGGCUGCUGGACUGGGAGAAGAGGCUGUUGGACCGAGAGAGGAGGCUGUAACAGCAGCAGGUUCCUCAGCCUUGACCCAACGGGAUUCAGAAGAAGCAGCAGACCCAGCAGCAGACAGAGCUUGGAAAAUGGACAACCAAACAGGACUCGGCAGCGACGCUCUAAUCAACAAAGCUCCACCCAACGUAGAGUACUCCCAGCUGUUCUUCAAAAGUGGAGCGGACACCUAUGCCACCAUUGAUAAACUGAAGAACACGGUCGGACCGAGAGAGAAGCCUGUUGGACUGGGAGAAGGGGCUGCUGGACCGAGAGAGGAGGCUGUAACAGCAGCAGGUUCCUCAGCCUUGACCCAACGGGAUUCAGAGGAAGCCGCAGACCCAGCACCAGACAGGCAGGUGGCGGACUGUGAUGUCCUGUACACAACAGUGAACUGGAAGAAGAAGUCCUAGAAAAAAGAGGUCUGAGCUCCUGGGGAAGAGACCCUCUGGGGCCCAGGGCCCCGGAGGCCCCUACACUUCCUCUUGGGGGGAUGAGGGAUGAGCUAAGGGCUACAUUGAUGAGUAAAGGCUAGGGGGAUGAGUUAAGGGCUACAUUGAUGGGUAAAGGCUAGAGGGAUGAGUUAAGGGCUACAUUGAUGGGUAAAGGCUAGCGGGAGGAGUUAAGGGCUACAUUGAUGGGUAAAGGCUAGCCUAGAGGGAUGAGCUAAGGGCUACAUUGAUGGGUAAAGGCUACAGGGAUAAGUUAAGGGCUGCAGGGAUGAGUUAAGGGCUGCAGAUUCACAAAGAAUCUCAGGGUUGAAAGUUGCUCACAAGUGGCGAAUUUAGGAGAAACCCCUAAAAAUAAUGGGCGUGUCAGUCUUGUCAGUCUUUGGCUCCUAAUUGAUUUUACUUGGAGCAAUUCACAAAGUAUUUUAGGCCUAAAAGUAGCACCUAAGUCUAGGGGAGCUUAAAAGCCCUCGAGAGGACUCUUAACUCAGUAAGAGCUAUUCACAAAGAAUCUGAAAACGGCUGCAUCGAGACGAAAUGUUUUGGAGGCAAUGGAGGACUGCGAAUUGAUAAAUAGAUAUAGGCGUAAGGGUAUCAAACUUGUGGUUGAAUUUGUGAAUAACACCUUGAUAUUUAGCAACAGGGAAUUUGCAACUUUGCAAUGCUGACGAUUUAGGAAUAUCGCUGUUAAGGGAAAUGUAUAAAUAUGUCCUCAGUUGUUUUAUAUAUAUAUAUAUAUUGUGAUUAUUCUUUACCCAAGUCCACAGCAUAAUUAUUGCACCACUGUGUAAGGAUGCAGGCUUGCAUAUGUAAAUGAAGGUGCGUUCACAUCAAGCACUUGUUCAGGAUGUAUAAUGCAGUUCUAAGAGAGCUCGGCUGAGCGUAACAUGUAUAAAUGGUAUUGAGAAAAUAAACCAUGCCAAAGAGCUAAAGAGUU